AUGGCGACACUUGAAGCAGCGUUCACGGGUGCGGUGGCGUCGUCGCUGGCCAAUGUGGUGGUGUAUCCAUUGGACCUGGCCAAGACGCUGUUGCAGACUCAGCUAAAGGAGAGCAAGGACGAGGAAGUGAAGGUCGACAAGGAAGAUGAGUACAAGAACACGGUUGAUUGCAUCUGGAAAGUGUUCAGAACAAGAGGCGUACUCGGUCUGUACCGGGGCAUGUCGACGUCCAUUCUGGGUAAUUUUAUCCAGAGCUUUUGCUACUUCUUCUGCUAUACGUUCCUGAGAAGGUACUACUAUGCGAUAAAGCUGGUGAGGUCGAAGAGCAAGGGCAAGCUGGUGUUUUCGACAGCAGAGGAGCUGGCUUUGGGGAUGGCAGCUGCAGCUGGGUCGCAACUGUUCACGGGCCCUGUCUCUGUGAUUUCUACGCGGCAGCAGACCAUCACCUCGCAGGACAGCAACGACACAAGUGCGACUAACAUUGCCAAGCAGAUUCUGAGGGAAAAUCAUGGCGACGUCCGGGCAUUCUGGAAGGGUCUCAAAGUGUCGCUCGUUCUCACUGUCAAUCCCUCGAUCACAUACGCAUCCUAUCAGAAACUGAAGAAGCUGUUGUUUUCCGUUGAUGAGUUCACUGAGGUUGGAUUGACCGCCAGACAGAACUUCAUACUCGGGGCGCUCUCCAAGAUGAUCUCCACGCUGAUCACCCAGCCUUUGAUUGUUUCCAAAGUGUCUUUGCAAAGAGCAGGUUCUCGCUUCACGAAUUUCCAGCAGGUUAUCUACUACCUUUACAAGCAUGAGGGCAUCCUCGCGCUUUGGAAGGGCUUGAGACCGCAGCUCGCCAAGGGACUGCUUGUGCAGGGCCUACUAUUUAUGUUCAAGGGAGAGCUUACCAAAGCACUGCGCAGAUUACUGUUUCUCUACUCCAGCUUUCUUGUCACCAGAAAUAAGCGUUUGCUUCUAUAA